AUGCGUCAUUCAGUAGCUCUCUCGACCGUCGUUCGCCUGUCCCUCGUUCAACUUCUCGGAUCCGCCGUUGCCCAGAGCAUCAAUGGCAUCGAGCUCCGCGACAUGAUGGAGGAGAUGGAGCACCACCUCGUUGACAACGCCGGGAUGAACAACAGCCCCUUCGUCGCCGCAGUGAAUCCCUGCUCGAACUACGUCGGCUUCCAGCCCGAUGCGCAGAACCGCAGGGAGAUCACGGCGGCUGAGUGGGUUCGGGUUGCCUUCCACGACUUUGUCACGGGGGAUGUGGCUACGGGAAUGGGUGGCCUCGAUGGUUCGGUUGCAUACGAGACAGAUCGCCAGGAGAAUAAAGGCGUCUUUAUUAAUGAUACUAUCAAAUUCUUCGCACCGACGACGACGGCCUAUUUCAGCAUGGCUGACCACAUUGCCUUGGGUGUCGUCGUGGCCGUUGCCGAAUGCGCAGGCACUGCUCCGGGCAUGCAGCCCAAGGCGGGCAGAAUCGACGCCAUGGCAGCAGGCCCGUCUGGAGUUCCAACACCUUUAACAGGCCUCCCCGAGACCUUGGCCCGGUUCGGCGCGGCUGGAUUCUCUCCCUCGGAUACCAUCGCUCUGACUGCAUGUGGCCACACACUCGGGGGCGUCCGUAGUGUGAAUUUCCCGGAUAUCAUUCCCGCGAGCACUGUGACACCUACCAAUCUUGAUGGCGGCGUCUCAUUUGACUCCACGCCCUCCAACUUCGACGCGGGAAACAUCAACGAGUACCUUAACAACACCGGCAGCCGCGGCGGCCCGCUCAUCACCACCGACGCCGUAGCCAGCCGCUCCGACCUGCGCCUCUACACGUCCGACGGUAACGCCACGGUGCAGAGCAUGAGCGCGCCCGCCGCCUUCCAAGACCGCUGCAACAAGGUCAUGCAGCAGAUGAUCGACGUGGUGCCGCGGGCCGUCACCCUCUCCCCGCCUGUGACGCCCAUGCCCUGGAAAGCCAUGAACAUCUGCCUUGAUAUCACGCCCGACGGCGAAGUAACGAUGGCUGGCCUCAUCCGCGCCCUCGCCGCCUCGAACGACAGCACCGCGCCCCGGGAAAGCGUCACCUACCACAUGAAGACUGCCGACGGCACCCAGUCCGAUCCCGAGACGACGGACGAGCCGAGCGGCAACGGCACGUCCCUCUUCGGCACCACCACCUACUGGGCCUUUAACAGCAGCAUGGGCGACUUUGAGGCCGGGACCGCCGCCUCGAUGGACUUCGAGGACAUGUCGUACCCGGUCAACGACCGCCUGUUCGUGCUGCCCAUGCAGUCGCGCGUCGAGAACGCGACCGGGACCGUCACGCUACGAGCCGCCGCCCUGACCUCCAUGAUGGACAGCGGCAUUGGCAACGUGCAGGGCAUGCUCUACGUGCCGACGCCCCAGCCGGGGUCGCUGGCCCCGCGGAUCGCCAACGUGACGGUCGAGAUGAAGGCCAUGGGCACGGCGGGCGAGUACACGCUGUUCGACGGGUCGGCGACCGUGGUACAGACGACGGGCGUGAUUGCGAAGGUGGUGUUGGGGGAUGAAGGGAGCCAGACGGUGAAGACGGAUCUCUUUGCGGGCCAUGCCUAG